AUGCUGCUCGACGAGGCUCCGUCCAAGCUCAUUAACCAUGCUAUCAACAACUUCAACACAGCGCCCGACAAGCAAGCCAUCUCGAGAAUACAAAGCAACAUAUCUUCGCUGGAGCAGGAGCGCGAGAAGCGUCUUCGCGAAGCCGAGGCGGCGCUAAAGAAACUAUCGCGACAGCUGAACACGCAUCAGAACCAGUACGAAGAGCUGACAUCAGCGCACUCGUCCUCGGCACACGCAAGCGAGAUCGCGCGGCUCGACACGCAGAAGUUCCGCAUCGCAAAGGCCACGUCGGACCUAGAGAUGGAGACGGAGCGCCUGUCGUCGCAGGCGGCGGACCUCGCGGCGCGGCUGCAGGAGCUCGAGCUGCAGGGCGUCGAGGGCAUGGCGGACGAGGCGGCGAAGCGGCGCGACCCCGUCGACGACGAGGUGCUCCUGCGGCUCAGCGUGUACCGCAGCCUCGGCAUCGACGUCGAGCGCGACGACAAGGACGGCGAGUUCUGCAAGGCGAUUGUGCGCAACGAUCGCAAGGGCGACGUGCACGUCGUCAACAUCGACAAGAAGUUCUCUCGCUUCUUCUACGCCAACUAUUUCUGGCAGACUAUUUAA